AUGGCCUCUGGGAGGUCAAUCAGCUUGAGGGUUGUUAACACCCCCAGCCAAGAUCUCGCCCUCACUAAUAAAGCUUACUGUUCUCCUUCCGAUCUCCGCAAUUUCCUUGUUCCUGGAUCCAGAUUAGCUUACGCCGUCGUCGGAGACGUUUUUGUUCUUUGCUUGGAAUAUCCUUUUUCACUCCAUGAUUCCAUUCCCAGUGGCGCUAUUGGGCUCAAUGCUGGUCAGAGGCGACAAGCAAAAGUUUCUGCGGGGGAUUCAGUUGCUGUGACCAGAUUUGAGCCACCAGAAGAUUUCAAUCUCGCUAUGCUAACCCUUGAGUUGGAGUUUUUGAAGAAAGGAAAAGAAGAACAUAUAGAUGCUGUCAAACUGUCACAGCAGAUCAAGAAGAGAUUUCUGAACCAGGUCAUGACAACAGGACAGAGGGUAAUAUUUGAGUAUCUUGGAAAUAAUUACUGCUUCACAGUUAGUGAAGCUGCUGUAGAAGGGCAGGAAAGAUCAAGCAGUAUUGAGCGCGGGAUCAUUUCUGCUGACACAUACAUUGUUUUUGAGGCCUCGGGCUCUAGUGGAAUCAAGAUAAUCAACCAAAAGGAAACAGCUACUAGCAGCAUCUUUCGGCAAAAAGAUUUUAAUCUUCAGUCACUGGGUAUUGGUGGUUUAAGUGCAGAGUUUGCUGAUAUUUUUCGAAGAGCUUUUGCUUCCAGGGUUUUUCCUCCACAUGUCACCAACAAAUUGGGUAUCAAGCAUGUUAAAGGAAUGCUGCUUUAUGGACCUCCUGGCACUGGAAAGACGCUGAUGGCCCGACAAAUUGGGAAAAUGCUGAAUGGAAAGGAACCAAAGAUUGUCAAUGGACCUGAGGUGUUGAGUAAGUUUGUUGGUGAGACUGAGAAGAACAUAAGGGAUUUGUUUGCUGAUGCUGAGCAGGAUCAAAGAACUCGAGGGGAUCAAAGUGACUUGCACGUUAUUAUUUUUGAUGAAAUUGAUGCCAUAUGUAAGUCAAGAGGCUCAACUCGGGAUGGAACUGGAGUACAUGAUGGCAUAGUAAACCAGCUCCUCACAAAGAUAGAUGGUGUGGAGUCCCUAAAUAAUGUUUUACUUAUUGGAAUGACCAACAGGAAAGAUUUGAUUGAUGAGGCACUUUUAAGGCCUGGGCGUCUGGAAGUUCAAGUGGAGAUAAGCCUUCCAGAUGAAAAUGGUCGUCUACAGAUUCUCCAGAUACAUACUAACAAGAUGAAAGAAAACUCAUUUCUAGCCCCUGACAUUAAUUUGCAAGUGCUAGCUGCAAGGACAAAAAAUUAUAGUGGGGCAGAGCUUGAAGGUGUUGUGAAAAGUGCUGUUUCUUAUGCUUUGAACCGUCAACUAAGUCUUGAUGAUCUGACCAAACCAGUUGACGAGGAAAGUAUAAAGGUCACAAUGGAUGAUUUUAUACAUGCUCUUCAUGAAGUUGUUCCCGCAUUUGGAGCUUCCACAGACAACCUUGAACGUUGCAGGACCAAUGGAAUUGUGGAUUGUGGUGAGAGACAUGCCCACAUCCAUAGAAGAACUAUGCUUUUGGCAGAACAGGUCAAAGUGAGCAAAGGCAGUCCACUUAUUACUUGUCUUCUUGAGGGGCCAAGUGGCAGUGGUAAGACAGCGAUGGCAGCAACUAUUGGUAUUGAAAGUGAUUUCCCCUAUGUUAAGAUUAUUUCUGCUGAAACAAUGAUUGGACUCAGUGAAAGCAGUAAAUGCGCCCAGAUUGUAAAGGUCUUUGAGGAUGCUUAUAAGUCACCAUUAAGCAUUAUCAUCCUUGAUGAUAUUGAAAGGCUAAUUGAAUAUGUUGCUAUUGGUCCUCGAUUUUCAAAUUUAAUCUCUCAAACAUUGUUGGUGCUUCUAAAGCGGUUGCCCCCAAUAGGGAAAAAUGUUCUUGUAAUUGGAACCACAAGCGAACUUGAUUUCUUAAAGAUGAUUGGUCUUCGCGAUGCUUUCUCUGUCACUUACCAUAUUCCUACCUUGGAUGCAGAAGAUGCUCGAAAGGUGCUGCAACAUCUAAGGGUAUUCUCUGAUGACGAUAUUGAUUCAGCUGCUGAGGCACUUAAGCAUCUGCCCAUCAAAACAAUCUAUAUGGUGGUUGAAAUGGCUGCUCAAGGGGAACUAGGAGGAGAGGCAGAAGCAAUUUAUUCUGGCCAGAAGAAGAUUCAGAUUAAUCAUUUCUUUGAUUGCCUCAAGGACGUUGCUCAAUAUCAAGAUAAGGAUCUAGAAUUUUAG